AUGAAGAAAUCACAUAGUUAACAAAGUAUCUAUAAGAAUUUCAGACCUGCCAAUUCUCCUGGAAAUAGGAAUCCAGCACCCAUCCCCUCAACAUAGUCAAAUCCUUCUUUAACUCAGACAAUUCAGUACUAACCUACAUUUUAAUCAUCAAGUAAUACUAAUCCCAGCACAGGUGGAGGAGGGGGUACUACUGUUUAUUAAAGCUCGGGAGUUCCAAUGCAUGGUGAGUUACGUAAAAAGUAGAGAGAAUAAAAUUUCUUAUAAAUGUAAGAAUAAUACCGGUUGCGUAAAAAAUAAGAAGAGGAAGAGGCUUAAAAGGCUAAAAAAGCUAAGCUUGCCAAACAAAAGAAUUAGUAGUAAUUAAUGCUUAUGGGUAGGAAAAACCUCAAAAUUAAUCAAGAAUAAUAUUUUCCAGAUCUUGGUCCUAAUAAUUUUUUAUACAUUCCAGACAGAUAAAUAAGUUCUGCAAAUUCAUUAAUCCCUAGUAAUGGAAGCCGUAUUAGGACUUUUACAUAGAAUAAUAAUUUUGUUUAAAAUGUAAUAAUUCAAUAAGAGGAUGUUCCUUUGCCUAAAGCAGAUAGUAGAUAGGAGGAACAAUUAAAAUUAGUCAUUUAAAAAGUAGAAACCCUAAUAUCUUAAAAUCAAGGUAAUCCAUUGCUUACUUUUUAAAUUCUGGAUAUUAUAGAGAAGAACAUGAGUAAACUUUAAACUCCAAAGAACGGACACUAAACACCCUCAAGUAGUGGAAGAAGUAAAAGAAGCAAUCAUAAAGUUGAGCAUUACUAGUCUGCACUUACUGAGCGAGUAGACAAAUUAACUAAGUAAAUAGUCAUUACUCCUCAGCAUAGUGAGAAAGUAAUAAACCAAUAAUAAAAUUCAGUUUAAUAAAAUAAUAAUAUUGACAACUAGCAUCGACAAUCCUUGGUCAAUUUUAAAUCCUAAUCAUCACUACUUUAAAGUGAUCAGUCUCUCUAGCAAUAGGAAUUCGAACAGUCAAGCUCCAGAUCAAGCUCACUUGCAGAUGUCAAUGAUAUUCAGCAAGAGUUACUCCGAGCACAAUCAAGCUAUUAGGAUCUAUUGAUAGGAAAUAAUGUAAACAAUGUAAGUAGCCAAGUAAUAAAUUAGCGAAUGAGUAGCACAUCAUAGGUGAACCUUUAAAAUCAAGAAAUUUUGAUUCAGAAGUUAGAGACAUUAAAAAUUGAUAAAUAAGAAAAUGAUAAGGAAACUUCACCAACAAAAUUUAAAUAGAAUUCAAACUUAAACUUAGAAACCUUGCCAUUUAUAACAGUUUCAUUGGAACAGUAAGAUCAAUUUCGCCCAUAUCUUGGUAAAAAUUACAGAAUUUCAACAUUUCAAGAAUUCUCAAUUGAGACUUAAAUGUUAGAGGCAUUAAAAUAUAAGUCUAAGAAAUUAUAAUAUGCGAUGCCUCGUACUCUUGAAUUUAAAAGAAGAAAAUAGGUAAUGAGAAGUAAAACACUUAAAUUUACAGAUCUCAUUGUAAAAUCUCCAAUGAGAAAAAAGACUGAAAGACUCUUGCACUAAGGUUCCUCUGAAUUAUCUAUAAGCAGAAUAAGAACACUUUAGCGGGAUCCUUCUAACUCUGAAUUAUACUUGACUUUGAAAAUGAGGUAUCUGACAACAUAUGGAGUAGGGUUAAGUGAUGAAAUAAUAGAUAAAAUAUAUGACACAAUUAAAAUACUUUACAACUCGAAGAUGAUAACUCCAAUAAUUCUAGACAGAAACGAUUUCACUAUCUAGUACAAAGAAAAAAUUUUUCAAAAAUUUCAACUAAUUCAAAAAUAGUCUAGUCCAAUACAAAAAAAGGUUACUUUAAAACAACUUAAAAAUACUUUUAAAUACUCUUAAACUGAUUUCCAAACUCAAAGUAUUUUUACAAUGAGUCCUGUAAGGAAGUUGAACAAAUUUUAAAUGAUAGAUGACUUUGUAUUUGAUCAAUAGAAUAAUAUGCAAACUUCAGAAGAUAAAUAAGAUGUAAAAUUAAGAAAACAAGAAACAGUUGAAGGAAGAUAGACUUUAUAAAACUAUGUUUAAAAGUAGUCUACCAUAAGAGGUACUAAAAAUGAUUCCCCGACAAGAAGUGAGUUGGCAGUACUCUCCAUUAAUAGAAGUCAAAAAUAAAGACCUUCAUUUAAAUUUAACUAAACCUCUGAUAAUCUCUAAAAGAUUAUGUUUCCUACAAAAAUAAUUAAGAUUAAAGAGAUAAAGGUAAUGUAAAUUAUUACUUAAAAAGAACUAUAAGUGCUAGAGCAAUUAUUCAUUUAGUAAAAUUCGAGGCAAAAAGAAGUAAAGAAAUCACUUUUGAGGUCACUUACAACUCAAGUAUAAAAUUCCUCACAAAAUACUUAGAAAUACGGAUCCUUCAUAAAAGAAGCCUAAGUUGCUGAUAGCAUAAUGCAUUAUAUCCUAAAAAAAUAGCUCAAUAAAAUAUAAUACUUAUUUAGCAAGCCUGAAUUGGUAGAGAAAAAUGAUAUUCAUUUUGAGGAGGAAAGACUAGAGGAUCAAAUAGCUUAACACAGAUUUGAUCUCAAAUUAGUUAUCAAAGAAGAAGAUACGCCAGACAAGAAAUAAUAAGAUUUCUAUCUGAAUGAGAUUUUAAAUUAACUUGAUAUGGCAACUUUUUAACCUGAAAGAUUUCCUUCAGGAAUUUAUGUAAAUAAUCAUGGAUAAAUUAAUGUGAGAAACAGCACACUUACUGGAGUUGGAAGGAUAUUUAAUUUAAAUUAAUAGGUAAUAAACAUCUACUUUAAGGACACCCUAAUGUAUUUCUAUGCAUAAAAAAAUCUAAUUGAACUAGACAAUUAAAUUUGCCACAUUAGGAGGGGUAAUUCUUGGAAAAUUAUGGAUUUAUGCAAUAAGGAUAUUUUUAACAGUAGAUUUCAAUAAUUGACUAAGAAUACAAAAAGAACUACUAGAUAUUAAGAGAAUGAAAGAAAUGAAAAAAGAAAACUUAAAAUGCAACAGAGAAUAGGGCUCUUUAAAAAUGAAAGUUUGGAACUUUACUCUCUCAUUAAAGAUUUUAUUUUCCGUAGAAAUAAAAUUCCUGCCAGUGAAAUUGUUAAGAUUCUUUUUCAACAAUCACCGAUAGGAAUCUUUCACAAACUUUUCGAUCCUGAUGAAGAUUAUGAAUUAUCCUUGACUCUUGAUCAUAUUAUAGCAUUGGCAGAGUGGCAAUAGUCUAAAAAAUUGUAGAAAAAGGUAUUAUUAGACUAGGAAUAAUUAAGGAAAAUAUAGAAGACAGGUUUUAAAAUUUAAAAUAAACUAUAAUCAAUAGUAAUAGAUAAAUAACAUCUCAGAGUAAGAAAACCUUCCUCUGGUGAUAGGGAUACCCAGACCCUUCUAGUAGAUGAUAGUAGAAGAUCAAUUAUGAGUGAGAUUCAGGAAUCACCAAAGAUUAUUGAACCAUAAAGGCUAAGAAGAAGCAUUAUAAAUCAUGCUCACUUAGAGAUGGGCAAUAGUUAGGCUGAUACUGAUUUUUUGCCUAUUUAAAGAAAGAAUGCUAUUAGGAGAAAUAUGGAGAUUAGAAAGACAAAAUACAUAUUCUCUCAAAAUACUCUUAAUGAGGAUAAUUAUGUAUUAUAGACUAAAAUGUUUAAGAGACAUGAAUCAACAGUGCACAACAACAUGAAUGGUAAUUAUAACAACAAUCCUGAUUCCUAGGCCAGAGAUCGAACUAAUAAUUAAUUUUAUUACGAGGAUUCAUAGAGCGCAGAAAAUUCUGAUAAUAGUAGUCUCACUGAAGAAUCUGAAGACUAUAAAUCAAAUAUUCAUGGGUCUUCGAUUGAUUACCUAUCAAUAAAACGAGCAUCUCAUGCAAAGCAAGGCUAAAGUAGAGACAGAAUUAACAGGAAGUUCUCUAUUAAAAUAGGACGCAUUGACACCUAUGUGCACGAAUCAAAGUUUUCAGUUGGCAGUAACAAUGAGUUUGAGAUACACUAUUAAAAGCCAAAACUCAUUACCAAGUUUGGAUAUGAGUGUGUGGUCUAGAUAAAUGAUACAAAGCAAUUUAUGUUUGAGGUUUUCAUGCCAGUAGAACUUAAAUCUCAGUAAGACAGGGAAUAGGAAAUCGAGAAUGAUGCAGGCAAUAUUCUAAGUGAUAGCUUUGAAACAAAUGGCUCACUAAAGAAUUUUAAAGAUGAUAAGUUUGCCGAUUAUGAUGUCAACAUUUAAAGGUAAAAUCUCAAGAAGUUCUUCUAGCAGUAGAAGAUCAAGAAGAAUUAGUAUAAUUCUCAUUCGAAUCUGUUAAAUGUUAAAGGACUUAAGCUAGAGAGAAGUUUAUCUCAAACCUCUUCUAUUUUAAGACUACAAUCAAAGAAAAGAACACAGUCUUUAGUCCAUAAUUUCUAAAGUAUAGGCACAUACUAUAAGAACCUGGCAAAGAGGAAGAGGGAGGAAAAGAAAUAAAAAGCUGGAGAAGAUGGAAUUGAGAUUCAAAUUGACUAUGACGAUGAAAACUGUGCAGCAGAAAUUAUUAGUGUGGAGGAUUUAGAGGAAAAUGAUUAAGAUAACUUUUACCUUCAAAUGCAAAACAACUUGCAUAUAAUGGAACUAUUGAAGGAAGUUGGUAUAAGUGAGAAAAAGAGGAAUGUAAACCCCCUCAAAGAUGGCAAAUACAAUUCAAUGAAUACAGAUACCAUUUAAGAAAAGAAGCCUCUUCUAAUUUCAGGACAUAAAAAGCCUAGUGAGAUGGAAAGUCUGUUCAACAAUUCCUAGUACUGGGAUGAUGCCACUUCUCUCGAUUUGCUGAGUUAAAAUUCAGAACGGUCAGAGAUAAACCAAAGAGACUCUGAUAUUUUCAAUGAGAAUUAUUAAGUUAUGAUUAUAGAGAAGAAGAAGCAAAGGAUAUUAAAGAUGUAAGAGAAAAAAUAAAAGAAAAAGGAUGAUGAUGAUGCUCUUAAACUUAAUUAGAAGGGUUCUAAAUACUACUAGAAUUCAGAUUUCUUAAAAAGAAAUUUAUACAUGAAAGACUAAGGCAAAAUUGAGAAGUACAUAAUAAAUGCUGUGGUCAACUAAAAAUACAAUCAACUCAAAGAAUUCCUACCUAAAUAUGAAUUGUCUCUGGAUUCCUUCUAGGACUCAAACGGGAACACUCUCCUCUCAGCUGCCACAUAGGUUGGGGGUUAUGAGAUCGUCAAGCUUUUGUUAAAUUACGGGUCUGAUGCAAACAUACCCAAUAAUGAAGGAAAUACAGCUCUGCAUUAUGCAAUUAAAUAUGGAUUUCCUAACAUUGCCGAUUUGCUUAUUUCAUUUGGAGCAAAUGAGAGCAUCGCCAACAAGAAUGGAAAGACACCUUGGGAAGAUUCUAUUUGA